UGUUUUACUGUUAAAUUUCCAUCCCUGGUUCAGUAUUGAUGAAUUUAUAAAUUUUAUGAUUGGAACCAUGUUUUCUAAUAAUCGCGAACAGUUACUAAAUUCAUCUUAUGACGUUUUGAACAGAACAGGCAAUAGUCUUCAAAGAUCAAAUCAAAUUGCAUAUGAGACCGAGCAAAUUGGGACAGAGGUUCUUUCAGAUUUGGGUGAACAACGCGAAUCCCUUUUACGAUCUACCCGACGCCUUGAAGAUGCAAAUGAAGACCUUUCACAGUCACGCAGAAUUGUACGAAAACUUCAACGGGAAUUUAUAUACAAUAAAUUGAUUUUAAUAUUGAUAAUUUUCUUUGAAUUUGCGAUACUCAUUGGGCUGAUUGUUAUCAAAUAUAUUAAAUUAUAAGAUUACACAAAAUAUGUCUUAAUUAUUUGUUUAUUAAUAAACAACAGUGCACGUAAUCUAUCA